CGGCUGUGCCAUGCCCACCCCACGCUGCGGGCCAUCGAGAUGUUCCACUUUCGGGGACCGUCGCAAGUCGGGGACCGCCUGGUGCUCAAAGCCAUUGUCAACAACGCCUUCAAAAACAGCAUGGAGGUGGGGGUCUGCGCCGAGGCAUACGGCCAGGAGAUGUCCGUCAGCCGAAGGCACAUCAACAGCGCCUUCAUGACCUUCGUGGUGCUGGAUGAGGAGGGCCAGCCCCGCACUCUGCCCAUGGUGGCACCCGAGCCAGGGGAUGGCGAGAGGAGGUACAGAGAAGCCAGUGCCAGGAAAAAAAUUCGGCUGGACCGAAAAUACGUCGUCUCCUGCAAACAGACGGAGGUGCCGCUCUCCGUGCCCUGGGACCAAAGCAACAAGGUUUAUCUGAGCUACAACAAUGUCUCGGCGCUGAAGAUGCUCGUAGCCAAAGCGAACUGGGCGCUCGCCAGAGAAAAGGAAAAGGUGCGGAUGUUUUAGGACAAGUUCCUCUCCUUCCGUAUUGAGAUGUCGGUCCACAUCGCCGCCGGCCAAGCCUUCUCCCUGCUCUCCAACCUGCGGCGCCGGCACGAGUGGGACAGGCACUAUGCGAGCGCUGAGAUCGUUCAGCAAGUAGACAAUGAUGACAUGAUCUACCACGUGGUGAGCCAGACACUCAGCCAUGAGAACAAGCCGCAGGACUUUGUCAUCCUGGCGUCCCGACGGAAACCCUGCAGCAAGGGGGACCCCUACGUGGUGGCCUUUCGGUCGGUGACGCUGCCCACCCAUCCUGACUCCGGCUUCUGCAUUUGGCCGGAGUCAGAGGAGAUGAGCAAGGUGGCUUACUACAACCAGGCCACGCCGGGGUACCUCAACUACGUCACCACCAAUGUGGCAGGACUGUCCUCCAAC